AUGGCGUCCGCGUCGAAGAAGAUCGUGGUGUGUGGAGGCAAUGGCUUCCUUGGCACCCGCAUCUGCAAAGCCGCCGUCGCUCGCGGCUGGUCCGUCACCUCCAUCAGCCGCUCCGGCGCCCCCACCUGGUCCGCCGUCUCCUCCUCGCCCGACCCACCCCCCUGGGCCUCCUCGAUAACAUGGGCCCGCGCCAACAUCCUCGACCCGCCCACCUACGCCGCCCACCUGGCCUCCGCCGACGCCGUCGUCCACACCAUGGGCAUCCUGCUCGAAGCCGACUACAAGGGCGUCCUGCAAGGCCGUGAGUCCCCGCUCUCGGGGCUCCGCCGCGCUUUCAGCGCCCACAAGGCCGGCAGCGCCACUAACCCGCUCGACAACAACGGCGGCGCUGCAGGAGGAGGGGGCCCGGCUAUCGCCCCCGCCGAGAGGGACGGCCAGCUCACGUACGAGCUGAUGAACCGGGACUCGGCCAUCCUGCUCGCGCGCGAAGCCGCGGCCCAGCACGUCGGCACCUUCGUCUUCCUGUCCGCGGCGGCCGGCGCCCCCGUCCUCCCUGCCCGCUACAUCUCGACCAAGCGCGAGGCCGAGGCCACCAUCGCCGAAGCGUUCCCGGCCAUGCGCUCCGUCUUCGUCCGCGCCCCCUUCAUGUGGGACGCCUCGCGCGCCUUCACCGUGCCGCUAGCUGCGGCCACCGGCGCCGCGAGCUUGGUCAACUCGGCCGUAGGCGGCCGCUUGACCUGGCUGAUGGGCGCCGGGGGCGUGAAGCCGCUUAAGGCGGACUUGGUUGGCGAGGCUGUCGUCGAGGCUAUCGAGAAUGGCGUCGCGAAGGGGCCGGUUGAGGUGCCCCAGAUCGAGGAGCUGGCUACUAAGCAUUGGCGCCGCAAUAUGCUGUAG